CUACCAGCGUAGCACGGCCUUUGAAGACGCGAACAUAGUCGGGAAACAACGAAACACAGCAUCACGAGCUCAAAAUCCCCAGCACCGGCAGCGAAUUUGUCGCGGAACUCAUCCAAAAGCUCAAUGAAGCUGAGCUGCCCUCGCUCACCAACAUCACCAACAUCACCCACGAUAUCCCAGUCUCCUAGACGAAGCAAGCUGUGCCCGAAAACAAUUCCACACUACAAACCACGCUCCCUGACCUCUCAACCUGCCACUCGCACAGCGGCAAAAUCCUCGCCUACCACAGCGAAUCCGACGACUCGAUCGCUGAGGCGUACUCAGUGCACAACUACGACUUCGUGCGCAGCGCCAUGUACCAGAACUCUAUCUCCACCGCUUCCGCCCAAGCUCUUGGGGACGGGUACCGCCUGGUCCUUGUGCCAAGCGCAGCGUACUGCUCGACCAACACGCUGCAGCUGUACGGUCCAUUUUGUACAACGGAUUUGAGGGUGCUGAUCAUGUGGAUGGAGGAGGGGGUUGUACCGAUGACGUUGAAGGCAACGUAUGAGCAGGGGCUCUAUAGGGGCCAGGAGGCGGAGUUUUGUGCGUGACCGCUAAGCCCUAUGUGGGAAGGGGACGAGACGGGAGUGAGCUGUGAGCAUGAUCAGGAGAGUGUCGAUACGUAGAUGUAUGAGCUUGAUGCAUAUGACACGCCGCUGUACUAAUGGACUCGCUUCUGGGAACUAGAUAAAUCGGACAGUACAUCCGUCUGUGGUCACGGAGAUGGUGCCAGGGUGAAUU